UGACGCAGCGUAACUCAACACAACGCUAUCGGACGCAGCUCUGCAGGUUGUGUCCAACAGUAAACAAUUCUGAAUAGUUCUAAACGCUCUAAACGACAGUGACGUUUCGGAAUUAAGUGUGGAGUGACGUUGCGCGUGGAAUUAUUGCGAGAUUGUAAUAAAUGAGAUUUGAAUAAUAUCCAUGGUUCAGUAAAUUUCAAAAUUGAUUAAUUUCGAACAAUGGAAUUAUUAAGAAAUUAUCGUUCUUCGGAGAAGAUAAUCAGAAAAUCAGAAAUAAUCAACUGAUUUAACGGCAUACAGCAAUAUUGGAACAUGUACUGUAUAUGCGGAUUUGAAAAUUAGUUGGAGCCACACUAGAGGAAUUUUCUUUACCUGUAAUUCAGUAGCGUACUAAAGAAACAAACAAGAAAAUGAGGUCUUGGGGAGAGGCUAAUGAAGUCAUAUGUGACUGACGCAAUUUAUAUUGUUUAUAUUUUACUUGGAAGAGAUGAAUGGGGCUGUACGUUUGGAAUAAAUUAGAUGUCCAAUGGAAAACAGGCAUCCUGUAAUAAAUGAUUUGAAGAGCUACAGGGGACAGGUAUCAUUUCCUGGUGGUGUACAAGACACAACAGAUGACAGUUUAGAAGAAACUGCUCUUCGUGAGACCUUCGAGGAACUUGGAAUUCAGAGAACUCAGAUUGAUGUGUGGGGUAGUGGAUGUUUUGUGGGUACAAGGCAGAAGGAUAUGGCAGUAAUGCCAUUUAUUGGUUAUCUUGGAGAAGUGUCUGUUGAAGGACUGAUAUUAAAUAGGAAGGAGGUUCAGUGUGUUUUUACUAUGCCAUUGAAACAUUUAAUUGAUCCUGCUAAUUUUAGAUCUACACAAUUUCGAAAUGGUUAUGCACUUCCAGUAUUUAUUGGCAGUGAACACAGAAUUUGGGGGAUGACAGCAAUAAUUACACAUUUUGUGCUGAGUGCAUUAUUACCUUCAGGAGCAUAUGUUCACAAGUUACGUUACAUUACUCCAUUUAAAACAACCUUACCUGGGACAAAGAAGAAGAAAGUGUAACUGUAAAUGCAGAUCCUAAAGGGUUCUGAUAAUGGUGAAUAACACUUGGGAAUACUGGGUUUUUGGACUUUGGUAUUCUAAAUAACACAUUGUUUUUUAAACUGGAUCUGUUUGUCUUAGGUGGGGGAACCUACUCUGUUGGAUCUGCUAGAAAGAUCUUCCUCCAAUGAUUGAGGUUAGCUCUUUCUAAUGAGCCCAGUAGAGUCGGUGUCUUCCAUCCCUUCACUGAAGAUGGAAACAGACCCAGUUUUAGAAACAUUGUGGUUUCCAUGGAUACUGGACAAUUGACAAAAUGCAAAAACUUGGUAAUCCUAACUGUAAAUGUGUACAGUGAAGUAUAUACAAGAAAUCAGUUUGUUAUUAACCAAUUAAGGAAAUACUUAUAAUUUCUAUACAUUUUAAAUACUUCAGGUGUUUAGUACCAAGCAUAAAGUAUAACAAAUAUUUAUUAUACAAGUCAUUUCAAUAGACAAGUCUCUCUUUCCUAAGCAUAGGAAUCCUUGAAUUCUGAUUAAAAAUGAAAGGUACGUUACACAAAGAAUUAUGCAUGACAAUUUCAAAUCUGCAAUGAACAUGACUGCCUGAAAUUAACAAAUAUACAGCAAAUGUUAUUUUAAUGUGUACAAAUAUAAUCUGCAUUAUUGGAUUAUGAAUCAUAUUUAUAAUUGAACAACUAGGUUUGUGUAACAGUAUUAUUUAUAAUGAAUGUACAAGAAGAAUAGUAUUAUUUUUGUUUUAUUUUCAUUAUUUUUCACGGUAAAACAGGAAAUUGUUCAUGACUGGAGCGGGUAUCUUAGACUUAGAUGUAUUCUAUGGCUGUAAUGAAAGUGAUAGCUGAUUGUACAAAUACAAAUAUGUUGUAUGACUCAUGAUAACAGUGGGCUGUGCAUACCAAUUAUAAUCAAUAUUUACUGCCCUUAUGUUGAUGUAUAUAUCAUGAAAUUAGAAAUAGUUUUUGCAACAUGAAAAUUAUUUGAACAAAUUAAUGUAAUCAAUUUUAUUUCAUAUUUAUUUUUAAAAAAUCUUUGUCAGCUUUAAAUUGGUAUUGGUAUGAUGUAUGCAACAUUUUGUUUCAUUCUAAAAGUUGAAUAUGCAUGAAUUAAUUAAUUUUGUAUGCAACAGUACAAAAUAUGAGCGAUGACACAGAAGACUGACAUGAAUGCAAGUUCGUUAGCCACUGCUAAAUAUUUUAGUUCACCAGGUAUCUGGCCCAUUGUUUAAGAUCAGUUGUAGUUUUUUAUGGAGCAGUGGAAUGUGAUGGUUUGCAGGAGGGAUAUUCAUAAAGAAUUUAUCUUGAUCCAAAAAUGAUAAACUAGUAUUAAUUGGAGUGUUCACAUUUUUGUUUUAUGGCCCUGUUGUUGCAUUUGGAGCCACUGUUGGCCUUUGGGUUGACAGUACAGUAUGUCUGUGGGGUAAAUUACCUGUUGUGGAAUACAGUAAAAUUGUGAAAGAAAUUUAUACACAAUAUCACACUCUACUGGAGAAGGAAUAUUGUUAAAUCUAACGUGUAAUUAAAUAUGCUUUUACAGCGUG